AGAGAUAAAUUAAUGUCUAUUUUAACCAGACAAAGAAUGGAAAAAUCCUACUGUUUGUCCCUUCUCUUCCUCGUUCUCUGUUCAGUUUUCUUUACUGCUACAGAAAGCAGUGAGAUUGAGAACAGUUUAACCUGCUCCCUGUGUAAAUUGGUAAUGACAGGGCUAGAUGAAGCUAUACUAGAUCCAACCAACGAACAAGAAAUCAGGGAUUGGUUACUCCAGGUCUGCAACUAUAUUACUGGACAGUUUGAGACGAUAUGCCAGGAGUUUAUUUUAGAAUACACAGAUGAUAUUAUUGAGUCAGUAGUUGGUGGAUACCUGGAUCCUGAUACUGUGUGCACUGCUAUAUCUGCCUGCCCAUGAAUAUAUUAAAGGGACUGUAAGCGUUAUUUUAAGUGACUCUAUAUAUAAAGAUGGCAAUGUCCGACUUACAACAGUACCAUUGAAAACCUUUAUCUGAUCGAUAUUGAAGAAAAUUUAUCUUUGUUUAAAAGUGUUCAACUCUGAUAAUUCCUCUAUGUUUUUUCUGCAGUCGAAAUGCGUAAGUCACUCGAAAUUACGUUUAUAAUCCUUUUUAACACUUUUUAUAAACUUUAUUAAACAUGAAAUAAAAAUUAGCUCAUGUAAA